AAGGCGGGGCCACCGCCGCCUGCUUCCUCCGAAAGCGUGGGUACAGUGCGCGGGAGCGAGGGUAUACCGAAAAGCUCCGACGUCUGGCCAUCAGAGGCCGGCUUUCCAAGUUCCACGGACGACCGCUAAGAUUGCUCAUGACUGUGCCUGCCAUCAACCUGCGAGGACCUCGACAGCGAACGCUGCCGGGCCGCAAGGGGCAGCGGGGACGGAGGGCACCGGCCUCCUCGAGUGCCGGCGCAGGGCGCUCCGGUGGCCUCAAACUUCGGUUCGCGUACCUCGUCUUCGUCAUGGGUGUCGUGUCGUGGGUCAAACCUGCUUCAGCCAUGUCUAUAAGGAAGGAUGAAGUUCCCCAGCAGUUAUCAGCCCCACUGGAAUGGAUCCGCCAACAGAACUUAUGUCCACCAGGAUUCUAUCUGGAAGAAGUCAGUGGAGGUUGUGCCCCUUGCACCGAUGGGAUAGACUACACCAGUCAUUCAAACAGCCUCCCUUCUUGCUUACCUUGCACGACUUGCAAAUCAGAAGAAGAAGAAAAAAAUCGCUGCACCUCCAGCAAGGACACUGAGUGUCAGUGCAAACCCGGCACUUUCCGUGGAGAAGAUGCACCUGAAUUCUGUCAAAAAUGCAGCGCCGGGUGCCCUGAUGGGAAGGUCAUGGUCAUGAACUGUACCCCCUGGAGCAAUGUCAAGUGUAUGGACCAAGAAUCAGGCCCUUCACCGCUGGUGACUAACAUUUUCACUGGACUUGGAAUCACAGCUGGAAUCACCUUUGUCCUAAUAGGAUGUGUUGUAUGUUGCUUCUGUAAAGACUCGGGGUGUCCCGCUUGCAGUCACAGGCCCGGGGCUCUUUGUUCAGUGUCUGUCCCUGGGGAGGGAGGUGCGGCCAGAGGACCCUCCCCACCACUCAGUGGCGUCUCUUCUCUUCGAGGUUGCUUUGGUGAAUGCUGCCACAAGGAAAAGAAGCUGACAGAAGAUAAUGCCCAGUCCCAAGAUGAAGCAAGCAGAGAGUCUGGUGAAACCAGCAGCAUCUGCAGGAUCUCAGGGGAGAAGAUGGCUGCUGGUUCCAACAGACGCCACAGAAAAUGAGUGUUUUUUUCCUGGGCAGUGGAUCAGGAGUGGAGGGAAGAGGGACAGUGUCCUAAUUUCUGUCUCCUAAUAGCUGUUAGGGCCACUCAGAGAAGGGAUGGCUUGUCCCUGAACCAUCAAGACUCUAAUUCCCUCCCUGCUCCCUCCUCUUUUUCCCACCCUGCACCCCUCUGUCCUCUAACAGUGGCCCCUAACACCUCCCUGUCCUUCCCUCCUCCACCAUCCUCUCUCCUCCCUGGUUGCUCAGGGCCAGGUUGACCCACUCUGAGACAUCUGAGAGGUUGUGCUGUCCAGCGGGACACCCACUGGCCCAGGGAGGCUGUGGAGCACCUGUCCAUGCAUGCUAAGUCGCUUUAAUCAUGUCUGACUCUUUGCAACCCCAUGGACUAUAGCCUGCCAGGCUCCUCAGUCCAUGGGAUUCUCCAGGCAAGAAUACUGGAGUGGGUUACCAUGCCCUCCUCCAAGGAUCAUUCCAACCCAGGGAUUGAACCCACAUCUUACAUCUCCUGCAUUAGCAAGCAGGUUCUUUGCCGAUGGCACCACUUGGGAAGCCCCGUGGAGCACCUGAACUGUGGCUAAACCUGAUGAGCUGUAGUAUAUAAGUCAAUACUGUAGUUCAAGGAGUUGGCAGAAAAAAGGACUGUAAUUUGUCUCGUUAACAGUUUUUUGUUGUUGUUGUUGCACAUUGAUUACAUGUUGAGGGGCUUCCCUGCUGGCUCAAAUGGUAAAGAAUUUGCCUGUAAUGCAAGAGAACAGGGUUCAGUCCCUGGGUUGGGAAGAUCCCCUGGAAAACGGAAUGGCAACCCACUCCAGUAUUCUUGCCUGGAGAAUCUCAUGGACAGAGCCUGGCGGGCUGCAGUCCAUGAAGUGACAGACUCGGACACACAGCCGAGUAACUAAGAAUACAUAUUGCAGUGAAAAUUUUAACUUACUUUUAAUUGGAGGAUGAUCGCUUCCCGGUGUUGUGCUGGUUUCUGCUGUAGAGCGACAUGAACCAGCCAUGGGGGUACAUAUAUCCCCACCCUCUUGAGCCUCCUUCCAGCGCCCCCAUCCCACCUCCCUUAGGUUAUCACAGAGCACUGGAUUGAGCUCUCUGUGUUAUAAAGCAACUUCCCAUUAGCUGUCUAUGUUACACACUGAAAUGAAAUUUUUUUUGGAAUACUUUGAGUUAGUACCGUAUGUAAUGAAAAUGAGUAUUGUUGUUUUUCAUGUUUUCAGUGUAGCUGUUGAAGAAUAUGAACUUGUGUUGGGUGCCCUCCUUAUGUACUGUGGAUGGUGGGGUGCACAGCAUUGAAUCCGCAGCACAGUCCAUGAAGCGGGUGGUGUUUGCUCCAUUUUAUGGUUAAAUUCUUGCUCAGAGUCUGUCCCCAUCCAGCUCUACCGCAGUGUCAGGCAGUGAGGCUGAGCGGGGUGUGAGGCCGGAGACCUUCCUCCCUCCAGGCCUUUGCUUUGUCCCCAGUGCAGAGGCGGCAGCCAGGGGACCUCACCCUCCUGAGACAGGCAGGUGCCCUCCUCUGAGGUCUGUUGCCCCUCGCUGUCCCACCCUGUCUCCUAUCACAGAUGCCUUCUCCCUCUGUGACAGCAGUCUUCUCUUCCAGAUGGGCCCUCAUCCCCUGCUUAGGGCAGGACUCUCUGCUGACCUGGACUGCCCCCCACUGCCCUGGGUGCUGGCGAAGCCCAAUGCCCAGUGCUGGUGUGGCUUGUUUCUCUGCUGCUGGGAAGCAGGCCAGGGGCGCAGAGCAGCAGGCUCACCAGCAGGGGGAGCGCCUCAGGUUCCCACCCUGAAGUCUAGGCCUGACUUGAGGGUCCUCUGACUUUGUGAAAGCCCGUUCCAACUCUGUCUCUGUGACUUUCCCCCA